AUGUAUGAAGAAUAGAUUAUUGAUGAUGUUAAUUUUAAACAAGAGUAUGAUAAUUUCAAUACUAAUGACUUAUAAAAAGAAAUCAUAAUACUCAAAAAUAAAGAAUCAUCUAUAAAAUAAAAAAUGAAAUUGUUAAAUAAUUCAUAUGAAUUAUAAGUUUCUUAAUAAAAACAAAAAGAACUAUAAUUUAUAAUAAAUAGAUGA